AUGAGCUGGGUACGAGGUACCGUUUUGGGUGAUGUCCUUCGUUUUCUGCUAGGCCCUCAUUGUUUCAGCUAUCCUGAGGAUGAUCCCACAUUCAACUUUUGCCCGUACAAAAGUGCUUCAAGUUCCAGGUCAAAAGUCUCGUCCCAAACAGACCUGGAGAGCGGCCAAGGAACGCUUCGGGAUGCCGAGAAACUGUCUGCAGCGACUCUGAGUGAUAAGAGCUUGGUCAUCGAUUGGUAUACCCCGAACGAUCCGGAAAACCCCUUGAAUUGGUCUUCGGCACGCAAGAUAUGGGUCACGCUAUUGAUCUCGGUUUAUUCCUUCAUUGUGUACUGUGCAUCAUCAAUCUUCGUUCCCAGUUAUGAGUUUAUGGUGAUGCGGUACGGGGUUUCUAUUGAGGUCGUCCAGCUCACAUUGGCUGUCUAUGUCGCCGGGUACGCCGUCGGCCCUCUGAUCUUCUCGCCGUUGAGUGAAAUUGCUCGCAUUGGUCGCAAUCCUCCAUAUGGUUUUUCCUUCACACUGUUUGUGAUCGUUUCCAUCAUUGUCGCCGUCGUCGAUAGCUUUCCAGCCAUCGUCGUACUCCGAUUCCUACAGGGGUUCUUCGGCAGCCCGUGUCUGGCUAGUGGAGGCGCCUCCAUCAAGGAUAUCUUUAGUCUAACCAACGCUCCCUAUGGAUACAUCUGUUGGGUGGUGGGCUUUUACUGUGGCCCAGCCUUGGGGCCAUUAAUGGCAGCUUAUGCGGUGCACAGCAACUGGCGCUGGCCUCUAUGGGAGAUCGUUCUGAUGAGCGCGCCGUUCCUCCUAGUUUUAAUUUGCUUACUACCCGAAACGUCCCACGACACGAUUCUCCUCCAUCGAGCACGACGCCUCCGUCGCUUCCAUCCCGCAGUUUUGGCUCCCAGUGAAACCCAGCGACUUGAUUUCCAGGCCAUUCUGAUUGAUGCGCUCAUCAAACCAACCGAAAUUGCUAUCAAAGACCCAGCUAUCGCAUACAUGUGCAUAUACGCGUCGUUGAUAUAUGCGAUCUAUUAUUCGUUUUUCGAGGCCUUUCCCAUUGCAUUCAGCGGUAUAUAUCCCAUGCCUCAAAGUUCUUCAAGCUUGAUCUUCCUCUCCAUCAUUGUUGGCUGUGUAAUAUCUGCGAUACUCUAUGCAGCGUACCUGAAAUUCAUCUUCAUCCCUCGCUGCCACAAGGAAGCCCCCAGCCAGGAAGAUCGCCUGAUCCCAGCACUCCCUGCCGUCUUUUUCUUGGCCACGGGUCUCUUUUUAUUUGCCUGGACAGUUCGCCGCCCGGUUCACUGGAUUGUGCCUGCAAUCGGCGUUGGAAUCUAUGCUGGAUCGUCAUUUGUCGUGUUCCAGGCCAUCAUUGUCUACGUAUCGUUGUCGUAUCCGCGAUAUGUGUCUUCACUGUUUGCAGCGAACGACUUCGCUCGCUCUAUAACCGCUGCGGGCUUUGUCAUGUUCUCACGGUACAUGUAUCUCGACCUAGGGAUAGGAAAAGGAGUCACAGUGCUGGCGGGUCUUUCAGUUGGAGGCAUCUUUGGGAUGGUUUUCAUUUAUCUAUAUGGUGCUAAAUUGAGGGCCCGAAGCAAGUUUGCUGUUACGAAUUGA